AUGAGGAACUUUGACUCUCUAACAGUUUUACUUGUCUGCAGCCUCAGUCGGAUCCCUGUAUCACAACCUUUGGAGGUUCAGUCUGGACAAGAAGUCACGCUGCUGUGCUCCAACUUUUCCAGUUCUCCCACAAAUAUAUUCUGGUACAGAAUGACCAACAGAGCCAAACUCACCUGUAUCGCUGCGAUGUUUGAACCUCAUGAACCUGCUUCAUUUUGCAAUGGAUUUCAAAAUGGAAAAAUUGAAAUGAGCACCAACAUAUCAACUGUGUUUCUCAAAAUUAAACAAGUGGAUUUAUUGGACUCUGGACUUUAUUUCUGUGGAUAUAAAAUGCAGAAGAGUACGGUUAUUGUCGAAGCAACAGAUUUAGUGGUCCAAGACACUUUUAUCGGAUUACCAAAUGUGAUGAGUGUGAUCCUCGGUGUUCUGACUGUUUUCCUCAUCACAGUCAUCGUUUGUCUGGCUGUUAAAAUCAAAAAGCUUCAGAAAGGGUCUUCCCCUCACCUCAACUGGUUACAGCAGAUGGCUCUUCCUAUUGGAGGCUUCUUCUUGUUAAAAGGGAGUUUGCUCAUCUUGUCAUUGUUGGGGUUUUUCUCUCAUCAGAACAGAAUCUUUCAUAGUGCAGCAGUCUCCUGCAUGGGGUGGGAGAUGUUGUCCAACGGGGAUGACAGCUUAGCCACCAUCAUCCUGUCACUCAUCACCUCCACUGGCUCCAGGGGGCUCCUAGAGUUGGCUCUCCGGAUCAGCCUGUUCAGUCUCUUUCUGUCCCCAGCAGAGAUGCUGCCGCCCCAGCAGACCACACCGUGA